UUACCAAAUUACCUCCCCAGCCAGGUUUUAGGGUUUCUCAAGGGUUUUCCUUUUCCUUGACGAUUUCUACGAUCUCAGCCGUAUCCCUCUCUGCUAAUUCGCUUUAUUCUUCUUUAAAUUGAUGUUAAAUUGUAUCCAGCAUUCUCGGACUGGCUGAGAUUCAACUCAAAAUCUCAGAGAUUAGAUGACUAUGGAGGCUAGAGUCGGUGCGGUGGUUGAUGGAGGACAGAGGGCUCUUAAUUCCGCUACCACCGCCGUCGCCGCCACCGCCACCUCCGCCGCCUCGAAUGGCUGCGCCGUGGACGCCGGUGCCAGGAAGCUAUUGCAGCAACAACCGCAGGUGCAGCCGCAAAGCCUCCGCCACGGUAGUAAUAAACAGUCGCUGAAUCAGCAGCAGGCCCACAUCGGCACCUUUGAGCAUCUCCUUGCCGGCGGUAUUGCCGGCGCCUUUAGCAAGACCUGCACCGCUCCUCUCGCCCGCCUCACCAUCUUGUUUCAGUUGCAAGGUAUGCAGUCGGAAACUGCAGUGUUAAGCAAACCGAGCAUAUGGUGUGAAGCAUCUCGUAUCAUCAACGAGGAAGGGUUUAGAGCCUUUUGGAAAGGAAACCUUGUUACUGUAGCUCACCGGCUUCCAUAUUCUGCCGUGAACUUCUACACGUAUGAAAAGUACAAGACUUGGUUGCACUCGAUACCGGCCUUGGGGACUUAUAAAGGAAAUGCCUCCUUAGAUCUUUUUGUUCACUUCAUCGGUGGUGGGUUGGCCGGAAUAACGGCUGCCUCGGCUACUUACCCUCUGGAUCUGGUGAGGACACGCCUUGCUGCACAGAGGAAUUCAAUUUAUUACCGAGGUAUCGGGCAUGCUUUCCAUACCAUUUGCUCAGAAGAGGGAUUUUUGGGUCUGUAUAAAGGACUUGGUGCUACAUUAUUGGGUGUUGGACCAAGCCUCGCAAUCAGUUUCUCUGCAUACGAGUCUCUGAAAUCAUUUUGGCUGUCUCAAAGGCCUAAGGAUUCACAAAUCAUGGUCAGUCUUGGUUGCGGCAGUCUCUCUGGAAUCGCUUCGUCAACUGCGACAUUCCCACUGGAUCUCGUGAGAAGAAGGAUGCAGUUGGAAGGGGCUGGUGGACGAGCCCGAGUGUAUAACACAGGACUCUUUGGAACAUUCAAACACAUAUUCCACACCGAAGGCCUUCGAGGGGUUUACAGAGGGAUCUUGCCCGAAUACUACAAAGUGGUUCCUGGCGUAGGCAUUGCCUUCAUGACAUACGAGACAUUAAAGACGCUGUUAUCGUCCAUCCCUCAUUCAUAAAACCAGCCGGACGACCCAUUUAUACUUGGAUGAAUUUUUUUUGGUGAAAAGCCUUGCUUACUUAGAUAGGUAGAGGAAGAAGAAGGAAUAGUCUUUUCCCUUUCAGUGUAUAGGUUUUAGAUUCAUUUACAUUGGGGCUUCUCCAUUGAGCAUUUUCUUCACGAGAUCAUAGCUUUUUUGUCUUUAAGCUUCAAAAUCAAUGAAUUGAAUUUCCAGUUUCA